AUGAAGGCGGCUAGGGCCAAGACGCCGCGGAGGCCGGCGCUGAAGAAGCCGCCCGCCCCCGGGCCCAAGGAUCCCGUGGGGGUGUACUGCAGGGUGCGGCCGCUCAGCCGCCAGGACCAGGAGUGCUGCAUCGAGGUGAUCAACGAGACCACGGUGCAGAUCCACCCGCCCGACGGGUACAGGGUGUUCCGCAACGGGGAGUACCGGGAGACGCAGUAUUCGUUCAAAGAGGUGUUUGGCACCCUCGUUGUUCAGAAGGACGUUUUUGAUGUGGUGGCUAAACCUCUAGUGGAAGAUCUCAUUCGUGGGAAAAAUGGUCUCCUUUUUACCUACGGGGUGACAGGCAGUGGGAAAACGCACACCAUGACAGGAUCUCCUGGUGACGGAGGACUUCUCCCACGGUGUUUGGAUAUGAUCUUCAACAGCAUAGGACCCUUCCAGGCCAAGCGAUUUGUUUUUAAGCUUGAUGACAAGAAUGGUGUGGAUGUUCAGUGCGAAGUAGAUGCUCUAUUAGAGCGACAGAAAAGAGAUGCCAUGCCUGUUCCCAAAACUCCAUCUGGCAAGCGACAAAUGGACCCGGAAUUUGCUGAUAUGAUAAACGUGCAAGAUCACUGCAAAGUGGACGAAGUUGAUGAAGACAAUGUCUACAGUGUUUUUGUUUCUUAUAUCGAGAUCUACAACAACUACAUAUAUGACCUCCUGGAGGAAGCUCCCUUUGAGCUGAUAAAACCAAAGUGGAACAAUUGCAACACUCCUGUGCGAAAUGGUGACUUUAUACCUCCACAAUCCAAAAUACUUCGUGAGGACCAGAAUCACAAUAUGUAUGUCACAGGAUGCACAGAAGUAGAGGUGAAAUCUACAGAAGAAGCUUUUGAAGUGUUUUGGAAAGGUCAAAAGAAGAGGCGUAUUGCAAACACUCAGCUGAAUCGAGAAUCUAGCCGAUCUCACAGUGUUUUUAUAAUAAAGUUGGCUCAGGCACCCCUGGAUGCAGACGGAGAUAAUGUGCUACAGGAGAAAGAACAAAUCACUUUAAGCCAGCUGUCCUUAGUUGAUCUCGCUGGAAGUGAAAGGACUAAUAGAACAAAAGCUGAAGGGAACAGGUUGCGAGAAGCAGGUAAUAUUAAUCAGUCACUAAUGACAUUAAGAACAUGUAUUGAAGUUCUACGGGAAAACCAGAUGUAUGGAACAAAUAAGAUGGUUCCAUACAGAGAUUCCAAGCUGACUCAUCUCUUCAAGAACUAUUUUGAUGGUGAAGGAAAAGUGCGUAUGAUUGUAUGCGUUAAUCCUAAAGCUGAGGACUACGAAGAAAGCUUGCAAGUCAUGCGUUUUGCAGAAAUGACUCAGGAAGUUGAAGUGGCAAGACCUGUUGAUAGACCUCUGUGCGGCCUAACACCAGGGCGGCGCUUUAGGAAUCAGGCCUUCAGAGAAGAACUCGCGCGGAAGUUGGAGAUGCGGGGUGGCCCAGUCAAUGGAGAGCAAUCUGCUUCUGAGAUAUUUUUGCAGAACUUUCCUCCAUUGCCUUCAUGUGAGCUAUUGGAUCCUAAUGAUGAUCAAACACUUCCAAAGCUUAUUGAAGUCCUGGAAAAACGCCAUAAACUACGACAAAUGUUGUCAGAAGAAUUUGCCAAAAAUGUGCUUGCGUUUAAGACUACGCUGCAAGAAUUUGAUUCCAGUGUUAUAUCCAAGGAAAACUAUAUUCAAGGAAAAUUGUCUGAAAAAGAGAAAACAAUAGCAGGACAGAAAAUGGAGCUAGAACGUCUGGAGAAGAAAAUUAAAACUUUGGAAUACAAGAUUGAAAUUUUAGAGAAAACUGCUACAAUUUAUGAAGAAGACAAGCGUAAUCUUCAACAAGAACUAGAAAGCAAGAGCCAGAAACUGCAGCGUCAGGCUUCCGACAAGCGUAGGUUGGAGGCACGACUGCAAGGCAUGGUGGCAGAAACGACCAUGAAAUGGGAGAAGGAGUGUGAGCGUCGUGUAGCAGCAAAGCAGCUGGAAAUGCAGAACAAACUUUGGGUCAAAGAUGAAAAACUGAAGCAACUGAAGGCCAUUGUUACUGAACCAAAGAAUGAAAAGCCAGAGAGGCCUUCACGGGAGAGAGACAGAGAGAAGCCUGUCCAGAGAUCAGUGUCUCCUUCACCAGUACCUCCUUCUAGUAAUUUAAAUACUCAAGUCCCUAGCAGCCAGCGGCUCGUGAGCAACCCCCAGGUGCACAGACGUUCUAAUUCUUGUAGCAGCAUUUCUGUGGCUUCCUGUGUUAUGGAAUGGGAGCAGAAAACCCCUUCGCACAAGCAUACCGGUGGCACUUCUAAUGCAAGGAGUAGACAACAAGAACCAGAACAAAGUAGAGACUAUAACACCUCAGACAGAAGGCGAGGGAUGUGCUGGACUGGAGUCAUUGAGGUUCCCAGGCGUAGAGAUGAGCUAGAAAUAGAAGAGGAUCAAUGCUGCAGGAUGUUUCCUGCGUGCUGAUUUCUUCUGAUUCUCUUCCACUCUGAUCAGAACGCACCUCCGGUUCGUCUCAGACACAGACGGUCGCGCUCAGCUGGGGAGAGAUGGGUAGAUCAUAAGCCACCUUCUAAUCUGCCCACUGACACGGUCAUGCAGCCGCACGUCCCUCAUGCCAUCACGGUAGCGGCUGCAAGCGAAAAGGCACUAGCUAAGUGUGACAAGUAUAUGCUGACGCACCAGGAGCUAGCCUCUGAUGGGGAGAUUGAAACAAAACUAAUUAAGGGUGAUGUCUUCAAAACCAGGGGUGGUGGACAGGCUGUGCAGUUCACAGAGAUAGAGACUCUGAAGCAGGAAUCUCCAACAGGUCGAAAGCGGAGAUCAUCACCUUCCAAUCCUGAUCCACCAGAGGAUGCUGCAGACUCUGAAUGGACUGAUGUGGAAACCAGAUGUUCCGUCGCAGUGGAGAUGAGGGCAGGGUCUGCCCUUGGACCUGGGUAUCAGCAUCAUGCUCAGCCCAAGCGAAGAAAGCCAUGAACGUAACGUACUGCUGCGUUGGAGUCCUGUUGAUUUUAUCAGACUGAUGCUAUCUGCUGCCAGUGAUAAACUAACCGGUUUGUUAUCACUGCAGGCUUCUAUUU